AUGGACCCCGUGGUCAGUAGCAUCCGAGUCAUGGCAAAGAAUGCAUGCGGAUUUCUGUGGUCCGUUCUUCAAGAAAUAUUACGAAUUGGUGUUCGUCGAUUCCUAUUUCCGUUGGCCAGAAGUAUGCUUUACACAACUCCUAGUUCAGAAUUUACUAUUUCAGAACUCAGGAAAACGUUCAGUAAAGAAGGUGUCCCGCAUGCUAUCGUGGCUGACAAUGGAAGUCAUUUUACUGCUAAGAAAGUUACUGAUUGGUUGAACUCCGCGAGUUGUCGGCAUGUUCUCACUCCACCCCGACAUCCGCAAUCCAAUAACGCAGCCGAAAACUUUGUACGCACGCUGAAGAGUGCCAUUUCUUCUUCGAAUCCUAGUACAUUCGACGAACUGGACAGAGGCGUUGAUAACUUUCUGAUGCAAUACCGUAACGCAGCACAUUCAACUACGGGACACAGUCCAGUAAAUUGUUUAGAGUCGAGUACUUCGAACAAAUCUUCUACACUUGGAGUCUGCGGAAGUCGUGUAUCAUCGUGGUAA